UGAGCGAGCGAGAAGAAGGGAAGAAGGUCAUGUUGGCCUUUUGACAGCUCUGAGUCUCAGAAGGUUUCCAGCUCUGCAUGAGGGGGUGUGUGUGUUUGUGUGUAACAUUAGACUCUUCCCUCCUUACAGAGUGGCCAUUCAAUCCUUCUGGUCAAUACUGUCUUUCUCUUUUAGCUUCACCACUGGAUAGGGGACUGAGGAAGAAGAAGCAGGAACGUGCGAAAUGCCAUUUUACCCCAACCACUGUGCAUUAAUGCAGGCCGGAGCUUCGUUUUACAAGUAGUCCAAAAUGGAGGAUGAAAACCAGCUGGUCAUUUUUGAUACUAGGUACUUGGUACUGACAGUCCAUUUAAAGACAUACAGGGGAGACAAAGACAAAGGGGAAGCAAGGGGAUAGGCAAAAAAGGGUAAUUAGAGAGGACGAGUUUCCUUGUGAAAAAAAUUACUGUAUGUAACAAUUGGAGAUUAAUAUUCAUGUGUCAUUCAUAUCAAGGUUCUUGUCAUUCUAUCUGAAUCACAAAUUUAAAUUGAUUACAUUGCAUUCACCAAUUUACUACAUUUCCAAAGCCCUAGCUAAAGAAUUACAGCUCAAAGGAUUUCAGUACUACAUUUUACUGUUUGUUGCUCUUUCAGCUGCUCCCUGUUCAGGGUCGCCACGGCGGAUCAUUUAGAUAGAUGGAUGGUAGAUGGUGAUAGAUGGUUUCUUAUCUGUUUUUCCAGACAACUUUAGGCUACAUGUGUAACUUCUGUGGUAUUUUAUAGUUUUAUUAUAUGGAUAUGGUCAUGUUUUAAAUGGUACUAAAAAGAUAUGAAAAGAUAUUUUUAUAGCUAUAUAUGUAUAGUUAUUUAUAUAGUUAUAUAUAUAGACUAUAAUAGACAGAUUUUUUUAUUGAAAAUUAAUGGCUUAUUUCUCUUCCCUCAGCUGAGAGAGCCAUCGAUAUGUUCAAUUUUGAACUGCUCCUGGGGAGACCCAUGCGCGUCAUGUGGUCUUACUGGGAACCCACCGCCAAGCCCAUCAAGGGAGGAAACUUAUUUAUCCAGAACCUUGAUCAGUCCAUUGACUGCACCUCCCUGUUUGACACUUUCUCUGUGUUCGGGAGGAUUGUGUCAUGCAAGGUUCGAGCUUUGAGCUCUUUUGAAUAGCUGAAUAUCUGUGAUCAUGAUUAGUGUGUAGUUGUGUGUUGACAUGCUGGGUUGUGGAAUUGAAAGGUUACGGGUACGAGUCAGUGAAGGCGGCAGCACUGGCCAUCGAACGGUUGAACGGAAAACUCCUGAACGACCGCCAAGUCACCAUCGAGUACUUUAGGUCUUGGGAGGAGCGCAAGGUGGAAGUGCACAAAGUAGAGGCCCGCAAGGCAGAGGAGCCCAUGUUGAAGGCAUGCAAGGCUGAGGAGCCCAAGGUGGAGGCAUGCAAGGCCGAGGAGCCCAUGGUGAAGGCACGCAAGGCUGAGGAGCCCAAGGUGGACACAUGCAAGGCAGAGGAGCCCAAGGUGGAGGUGGGGAAAUUUAUCAGGAAGCUUGACCACACCAUUAACAGAAAGUGCCUGUAUAGCAUCCAACCAAAACUGUGCAAUGUCCCACCAAAAUUGCGCCAACCAGUGCUGCCUCCCUGCUUCAAAAGGAGCACCCCGGCUGUUGAGACACCUAGCUCAGAGCACGCUAUCCAAACCUCCGAGGCAUCUGCCUCAGAGGACGUCACUCAGAUUGUCUACACCUCUGCCUCACAGAAGGUCCAAGCCACAGAGCCAUCACAUAGUGCUCCAAUAGACAAUGUGGAAGCUGUCGAAACAGCUGGCCCAGAGGACUCUGAGGAAGCUGUGGAGACAGCUGCCUCAGAGGGAACUGUGGAAGCUAUAGAGACAGCUGCCUCAGAGAGAACUGUGGAAGCAGUGGAGACAACGAUCUCAGAAGACAGGGUGGAAGCAGCGGAGACACCGGUCUCGGAAGACAGGGUUAAAGCAGUAGAGACAACUGCACCAGAAGACGAAGUGGAAGCUACUGCCUCAGAGGAAACUCUGGAAGCUGUGAACACAGCUGUCUCAGUGGUCACAGUUCCGGCUACACUUCAGGUCCGAAACACAACAAAAACCACACACACACUCAACAAUAACAAUAUUCCACCCUGCUGAUGCAAACCAAAUCACUUGGAUGCUUGUGCAAGGAGAAAACAAUUUCGAGAUCAUGAACAUGAUUGGUGAUCAUGAGCACUUGCAAGCCAGGGUGGAUAAAAUGGACGCCUUACCGCGGGCAAGAUAAGCUAGUGUCAAGCCGGAAAUCCUGAAGAGGAUUUUUAGAGACGGCACCAAAAAGGGAAAGAAGCAGAAUAAGAGAAAAAAUUAAUAAACCCCAUCAUUCUUCUUCUUCUUCUUCUU